UACUACCCUGCAGUGAAUUUAAGUCAACAACAUCGAAGUUUUUGUUGGUAUUUGACUGCUUCUCAUUAACAGCAACAGGUUCCUGCCUCCACGUCUGCUACAAAAGUAAAAAUUGUUAAACGUAUUCAGUUUCAUUGUGAAAAAUCUUUGGAAUUGGAAAAUUGAGAUACAUCGAAAAUCGAGUAGUGUAAAUGGAUCUGUAAGAAACUGCUUCAUUGCUGGAAGAGUGUAAUAAUCAGCUGAGUAAAAAUUCAACACAAAUUGCCUGUUGGUAUCAAAAACACGUAACAAACAAAUUUGUAUUAACGGAGUCCUUUGGGAUUUUAUGAAAUUGUACUCGUAAAUGAAUCUAAGAGGAAUUUUUUCAACGCCAAAAAGUGUCAGCUGAACUAAAUUCAAUAUAUAUACGUAUGUAUGUCCUUAGCAGCUUCUUGAAAUUGAAUCAAAACCCAGCGCUCGUAAAUUGAUAUUCAAGGAAUUUCUUCAAUGCCCAAUAAGUGUCAUCGGCUAAAUUAAAUUCAACAUAAUUUUCGCUGUUGUUAUCACAAGUUCCGUACAAAGCAAACAAAGUGUCUUCCUAGGUUAUGAAUUUGGUCUAACAAAGUAUAGAAGUACAAAGGUCGAUUGCAUACAGUUAACAUUGGGCACAUAUCACAUAUUUUUUAAAUAACAUCAAACAAAAACAAAAUGUCGGAAGCACCAGAACAAGACCGCAACUCAAACCCUUUUAAAGCUUUCCUUAGCGGCGGUUUUGGAGGCAUUUGUAAUGUGCUUACUGGGCAUCCAUUGGACACCAUCAAGGUGCGCCUUCAAACUAUGCCACGUCCGGCGCCUGGUGAAGCACCAUUGUAUAAGGGCACCUUUGAUUGUGCUGCCAAAACUAUUAGAAAUGAAGGUGUCAAAGGCCUAUACAAAGGUAUGACAGCACCAUUGACCGGCGUUGCACCAAUUUUUGCAUUAUGCUUUACUGGCUAUGCGCUGGGUAAACGUUUGCAGCAGACUGACGACAAUGCUAAAUUGACGUACACGCAAGUCGCUAUUGCCGGCUCGUUCUCUGGCAUAAUGUCUACGGUCAUAACAGCACCCGGUGAGCGUAUAAAAUGUUUGUUGCAGGUGCAACAAGCAUCUGGUGGUGAACGUAAAUAUAAGGGUAUGAUGGAUACGGCUGUACAGCUGUAUAAGGAGGGCGGUAUACGUAGUCUAUAUAAAGGCAGCUGUGCGACGUUAUUGCGAGAUGUGCCCGCAAAUGCCUUUUAUUUCCUCGCUUACGAGUAUUUACAAGAUAAGAUCAAAGAACAGACUGGUAGCGAGAAGAUCAGCGUGGCUUCGACGAUUUUCGCCGGUGGUGUGGCUGGGAUUUCAUAUUGGGUGGUCGGUAUGCCGGCCGAUGUGCUAAAGAGCAGGCUGCAAACAUCUGCCCCCGGCGAAUAUCCAAACGGUGUGCGCAGCGUUUUCAAAGAUCUGGUGCGUCGGGACGGUAUUUUGGCGCUGUAUCGUGGUGUCACACCGAUUAUGUUGCGUGCCUUCCCAGCAAAUGCUGCCUGUUUCUUUGGCAUAGAACUGGCCAAUGAAGCUUAUGAUGCCAUUGCUGCAUUAUUGUAACGUUACGAAUUUCCUAAAAGACUAAACAAAAAAAUUUGUUCAACACUCAGCUCCAAAUUGUGCACUUAUACCUCUACAAAAUCACAAUAAUUUUUUGUUUAGUAGUAAUAAAUUUCUUUUUUAGAACAAUUAUGAUUUUAACUUUGUUGUUGUAGAGUUAUUAGAAUAGGCUUUUUUAUGCAUCGAUGAAUAGAAAAAAUGCGAAA